UGUGAAUGGACCAAGGUGAUACUUAACGCUGUCGUGGCUGGGGGAACGGUGGUGCUGGCGGAGUUCAGCGCGGUGACAGGGAACGCUGGGGCGGUGGUGCGACGGAUCUGGUAGAAGUUAUCGGGUGAGGAGGAGUCAAGGCUCUACUUCUCUCGCAGGACCGAUACAUCUUCCAAAAACUCAGAUCCGAUACCCUCACCCCCUCACCUUCCUAUCCAUGGCCAACGACCUUUGGCAGUCUCACAUAAAUGGGGACUCUUUUCCGGCUAUUUUCACCAUCGCCUCCUGCUACGACUUCUCAUUCACACCAUUUGCCAACCCAUCUCUUAUCUUCUCCAAAAUAUCAGUAUAUCACUUCAAGAAAGGCCAGUCAUAGAAUCCAGAGUAGCAAGUUCGGAAAUUUUCUUGACUUAAAACCCGAAUCAAAACCCGAGUCCCUACACUUUGAUCUACCAUGGAUUGAUCCAGCUGCACGGUCGUGCUUGGAUGUGAUCGUCAUUGGCACUGGCCCUGCUGGACUGCGUCUUGCAGAGCAAGUCUCAAGUUAUGGAAUAAAGGUAUGUUGUGUUGAUCCUUCUCCACUUUUGAUGUGGCCUAACAAUUAUGGAGUCUGGGUUGAUGAGUUUGAGAACUUGGGGCUUGAGGAUUCUUUGGACAAAACAUGGCCUAUGACCAGUGUUCACAUAGAUGAUCACAAGACCAAGUACUUGGACCGUUCUUAUGGUCGUGUUAGUAGGAAGAAAUUGAAGACAAAAUUGAUGGAGAAUUGCGUCUCCAAUGGAGUUAAAUUCCAUAAAGCCACUGUUUGGAGAGUAGAACAUGAGGAAUUUGAGUCCUCAGUUAUAUGUAAUGACGGGAACAAGCUGAGGGCAAGUCUAGUUGUGGAUGCAAGUGGUUUUGCUAGUCCUUUUAUUGACUAUGAUAAGCCAAGAAACCAUGGUUAUCAGAUUGCACAUGGUAUUUUAGCUGAAGUUGAUAAUCACCCUUUUGACUUGGAUAAAAUGCUUCUCAUGGAUUGGAGAGAUUCCCAUCUAGGUAAUGAGCCGUAUAUGCGAGUAAGCAAUUCAAGAAUACCAACCUUUCUGUACGCAAUGCCAUUUGAUUCAAGCUUAAUAUUUUUAGAAGAAACUUCUUUGGUUAGCAGGCCAGUGUUGUCUUAUCUGGAGAUAAAGAGAAGGAUGGUUGCAAGGCUAAGACAUCUGGGAAUCAAAGUGAAGAGGGUAUUGGAAGAAGAGAAGUGUUUGAUUCCAAUGGGAGGCCCUCUACCCCAGAUUCCUCAGAGUGUUAUGGCUAUAGGUGGGACUUCUGGGUUGGUGCAUCCAUCGACGGGUUACAUGGUUGCGCGGACAAUGGCUAUAGCCCCAGUUUUAGCUGAGGCCAUAGCAGAGUGUCUUGGCUCAACCAGAAUGAUUAGAGGAAGGCCACUGCAUCAUAAAGUGUGGAAUGGCUUGUGGCCAAUUGAGAAGAGAUGUACUAGGGAAUUCUACUCUUUUGGGAUGGAGACUUUGUUAAAGCUUGAUUUGAGUGGGACUAGGAGAUUCUUUGAUGCUUUCUUUGAUUUGAAUCCUUAUUACUGGCAAGGCUUUCUCUCCUCUAGGUUAUCACUUGGAGAGCUCGCGUUGUUGAGCUUGUCUCUGUUUGGACGUGCUUCAAAUCCAUCCAGAUUUGAUAUAGUCACCAAAUGCCCUGCACCCUUGAUUAGAAUGAUGGGUAAUUUAGCUGUUGAAGCCAUUUAAAUUAUCGAAUGUUGCCCGGGUAUAUACGACUCUGAUCUAAGUAGAUAUUGUGAGAGAAAUCUUGUUAGUUGGUCAAGUCUCUUAAUAAAAACAUGCAUCAUUUGAGUGUAGGGCAAUUACUUGUUCAUCUUUCUUUCUUUUUACUGUCUUUAGAGGCACACAUUGUCUAUGGCUUUUAUGUCUGUCGUGUAUGCGAGGUAAGAACUUUGCACAAGGAUGAUAAUAAGGAAUAACAUCAUAUUUCAUGACUCUA